UGUUGUCAAUGUUCAGCCGGUGAGCGUGGCAACCUGUGUAGUAUCUUAUGUGGUUGGGUGUUAACAGACUGACAAUGAAAACAUGGAGAUGAGACACCUGUAAUGUAUGAAACCCGGAGUCGUAACUGAACCAUGAAACUCGUCACUGUGGCCUUUUACGCUUUGGCUCUGGGGCUUCUGGCGGUUGGCCUGCGAGAGUUGCUGACUGGCUUCGAGGAGAACAGAUGCAGUAUGACCUAUAUGUUUGAAUACCCAGAAUACCGGCGUGUGGCUCUGCCUCGUCGUGUCGCCAGAUUGUACCCAGCGUACGGGCUCUACCUAUAUGGAGAGGGUCUGUACGCCCAGGAGACCAGAGCACUCAAACUCACCGGUGCCCCUGUGCUCUUCCUGCCUGGAAAUGCAGGCAGUUACAAACAAGCUCGCUCUCUGGGCUCUGUAGCCUUGAGGAAGGCUGAGAACAUGGAUGGGGGGCUCCACUUCAAUGUGUUCACUGUGGACUUCAAUGAGGAGCUGGUGGCCCUUUAUGGUGGCAGUUUGCUCAGACAAACUCACUUCCUGCAUGAGAGCAUUAAGGCCAUCCUGAGGCUCUACAAGCACCUGAAGACGCCCCCGCAGAGCGUGGUGCUUGUUGGUCACUCCAUGGGAGGAGUGGUGGCCCGGGCGCUGUUCACUUUGCCCCGCUUUAACACCAAUCUGGUCAGCCUCAUCAUCACCCAGGCCUCACCCCACCUAGCUCCAGUGCUUGCCUUGGACCCGUACCUGCUGGAUUUCUACUCUGCAGUGAGACAGAAGUGGGUGAACCACGCGAAAAAGCUCAGGAAUGUCACAGUUCUGUCUGUUGGGGGUGGUUACCGCGACUACCAGGUCCGCUCCGGCCUGACAUCCCUACCUUGUCCGCCUGGAGACCCCAAUAAGUUGUCACUGGUGGCAACUGCAGUACCCAGGACAUGGGUGUCCACUGACCAUCUGUCCAUCGUUUGGUGCAAAGAGCUUGUUCUUGCUACUGUCAGGGCAUUCUUUGACCUCAUCGACCCUGAAACCAGACAGUUCACAGUAAACCCAGAGAAGAAAAUGGCUGUACUUAACCAUCACUUCAUCAGACAUCCUGUCAGGAUGGUGGGAGAGACUCAAGACACCUCAAUCUCCAUCUCAGAUUUUCCUGAAGCAUGGAGUGAAGUUAACACACUGCGUCUAGCUUACAGCACACCAAAGGAAGGACAGGUUAAAUACUUUAUGUUUGCCCUGUCGAGUCGCAGGAAAGCCUACAGCCAUUUCUACUGCAGGAGCAACAACCUGGAGAUGACUAGCUGGGUGUAUGGCUGCGUGCACAAGAACAGUUCUUCAUGUGUGCAUGCAGUGGAUCUGUCCAUGGGAACUGAGCUUCUGCCACCCUACAAGGUUCUAAUUCUCAGUCUCAGUGACUUGUCAUCAGUUACUCAUCUGGUUGUUUCUGCCUCCAACCUCAAUGGCAAACAGUUCACGGUGGAGUGCGAGUGGCAGAGACAAGAAUCUCAGACUGUGUCUCUCCCAGCACCACAUGUUCUGUCCUUCGGUUUGUCCGUCAGCGAUGUUUCAGUCAACUCCUCUGGACUUCUUCACACCAUCAGGCUGCAACACUUCCACCAGGUCUAUCAGGCUUUCAGAAUCACUGUUGCAAGCCAGUGCAAAGUACAUAAAGAUAGGCUGCCCAAUGUGUACAGACUAAAUGUACCGUGGUUUCGAGAGGAUUCUUUAACCACAGUCAGUGUGCCAUCAGUGACUGAGAUCUCAGGGAUGCUUCACACAAGUCGCCCAGACAACACCUCAGGUGUCCUCCUUCAGCUCCACACUGCCCCCAACUGCCAAUAUAAGGUGUCAUUAAGGACUUCAUUACCCAAGGUGCUGGGACAGAUUUUGAGGUUCUGUGGCGCCAUGGUGCCAGUGUACACAGCUGUAACCCUCCUCCUGGCCUGUGGGGGGCAGCUGUCCUCCAUCCUGGCAUCUGGGCGAGCCACAGACAUGAGCCAGGUUGUGGGCAGAGGCCUGCAGCCUCAUAAAGUCAAUCUGCCUGUUUAUAUUCUGCACAUCUUACUUAGCUGUAGCUGCUUUCAGGAGGUCUGGUCAAUUCUUUACCUCCCCCCUAUGGAUACCCUCCCCCCAACUAUCCCUGAUGAGGGUGUGGUACCUGCUGAAGAAUGGCCCCACCUCCUGUCCCCUCUACACUACAUCUUCGGGGCAGCUGUGGCUUACUGGGGCAGCACACUGCUCCGCCUCCUAAUGAGAGUGAUCUCACUAAUAUUAGCUCCUCUACACAGACCAUCGGUCUCCAGAGACUGUGGUACCCUGCGACUGCGGACUCAGCUUCUCAUCAGUGUGUGUCUGACUGUUAUGGGUGGGAUGUCCUGCGGGGCGUUGUCAAUAUCUGCUGCCUUUCUGCUCCACUUUUACAGGGUACUGAGGCUACAGAUGACAGAAAGAUCUUUGAGUCACAUGUUGAAUCUGGCACCCCGGCAGCACAAAGAAGCUGAGAACGGCACAGUCGAAGCUGAAUCCUUGAGCAAGUCUAAAGAAUGCAAUAGUGCCACCCUGCUGUCUGAGUGUGUUCUGCAGGAGGUGAGAGAUGACUUACAGCUCCACCUCUGCCUAUCAGCACUCUUCACUCUACCCCUCAUGCUCAUCGCACCCUCUCUCAUCCACUGGAUCCGCAACCUGAGGUAUUCCACCCAGUUGGACCCAGACCCUUGUUGGCCACUCAUUGUGCCUCUUAUUACUGUGUACAUGCUGCUUAUUAACUGCAACACUUUAAAACUCAGCAACAGUAAAUUUCUGCCUCUGGCAUCCUGCCUUCCUCUCCCCUUGUCCAUCGCCAUGGUGACCUUCUCUCCACUCCACCUCUACAGAGUCACCUAUCUCCUGUUGGCAGCACUUGUCCCUCUGGCCUUGUGCUGUCUGCUCUGACGGUAUCUGUAUGGUUUUUGUCCACAUCUCUACCAUAACAAGCCUUUCCCUAAGCCUGACUUGCUGAAGCUGCUUGAGACUGAUUUGGUCCAGGAAGACGUGCUCUAUCUGGCUGCCGUGGAGCAGAGCCAUAGACAUACAUAGCUUGGGGGAACUGUCUGCUCAAUGUUAGCACUAAAAGCUCCAUGGCAAUUACACUAUGUUUUAAAAUGAGAGGCUGUAAUGGCCUUGGAACAUUUAGUGCGAAUAUGGCUCCAAAGGAUUGACCUGAAACCAAGUUUGCCUUACUCUGUAUAUCUAUAGCUCUGCCUUCAAGGAGCAACAACUCCACAACCAGUGAAGCUACUGAUACUAGAGAUUCUCAACAGGGUGUUACUGUUAAAAUGUGUCAUUUCUGGUGUCUACAGUGGCAUUGUUCACUGCAGUCACUACGCUGUAAACUACUUCACUGCCUACUGCUUAGCAAUGACUUAUAGCUGUGUGUUAUCUUAACCUAUUGACUGUCGUAGCACCACCACAGGUUUUUCCAUAAGAAAAAUCCAAAGUAAUCAUGUUUACAUUCUCCCAUAUACACCUUUUGAUACAGAUAGCAGCAAAAUGAAGGUUUGCACUGGAAAAGGCUUCAGUGCAUGUGCAGGUUCUAAUCAGUCUGUCAUUUUUCUGAAGAAGAAAAUUAUGAUUGACUCCAUCUUCUGUAAAAUACAGUGGUGUAGCCCAACAGUUUUUAUAGAUGUGGCCAGUCUGUGAGCUAUAUUUGUUCUGGGUUGGCAUAUAAAUUCUGUGACUUGUUUUGUCUUCUUUCUGCGUGGCAGUUCACCUUCAUGUCAUUCACUCUUUAAUUCCCUUACUUAGGCAACACUGACUGUUAAAUAAGGAGCAGGCUAGCAGCUUAUCCUAAAAUAAGCACCUAAUAGUCUUCUGGACAGAAAUAAAAGUGAUUUAUUUUCCUACUUGAAAGAAGUGUGUCAAGAACUCAAAGAGAAAGGCUACUUGGACUUUCAAAAUAAUCUAAAGUCAAUAUGUGGGUGUUGUGCAUGUGCAAAAACCUUUUCUCUCCACUUAAUGAAACUAGUCCAACCCAGCACUCCAUGUUCAGUCAUUCUCUUUAUAAAUUCAGGAUAAUGUUUAUUAUCACAGCACUGCUUCCAUUGGUACAGUUACACAAUUCCUCUUUAACAAAAACACUAUUCUCACUCACCCCCUACUUUGCUUUUGUUGUGUAAAAUGAAAUGUCAAUGAAAGAAAAAACUUCCUGCACAGAUGUUUCAAUUAAAAGCUUCCCAGUGGAUCAUAUUCCAUAAUUCUUCCUCGCUUUUCUUAGUAGGCUUUUUAUGUGAAAUAUCAGUGCAGGAAGUCUUUAGUUUCACUGACUGUAGCUUAACUAGAUAAAGAAAACAGCAAAGCAAAGGCAAAUUUAUUUGCGAAUGAUUUUAAAAAAGCAGUGUGGUAGCACUGAUGGAAUAAAUGCAAUUGAAAUGUACAUUAUGCUGAUCUGACCGUGUGAGUGCAGCUACAAACUGUCCCCAGUGGUGCUGUGUGGCGGUGCAGCAAUGGUUCAGUACCAAAAUAAAAGUGACCCAUAACAGUGCUGUAUGGGGUUGUUCUCCUAUAAAUCAGUGAUCUCCCUGCCAGCUGUUGACGUGCCAAAUAAAAAAUGGCACCUCUGAAUGGGGCAGAGCCACAGAAACAUUCAAAGCCACGGUGCCUCUCAAAAACAAGUUAGCUACAGAAGGUGGCCGGGCAGCUCAGUCAGUCAACUGCCAGCAAGAGCAGUAACCUGUCACACAACAACAAGCAGCUGGCAUCAGCUGUAGCUCAUAACCUAUGAUCUAAAUAGCUUUGAUUGGUUGAGUCAUAUGUGAACAGGACACCUUCCUCUGUUGUGGAAAUCAUCUUUAUGCUUCAUCAUGGCUUCAAUGGUUUGUUAGCUCAGCCAGAGGUUCCUAAUGACUGUAAUUAUAAUGUGGUCGUUGUUGGUAGGUUGGGGGCUGUACGUUGUACGUUGUUCUUGGUAAAAUUUCAAAUUGGCAAAGCUUAAAAAGCAGAUUAUUUACUUUCUCCAAGCCGCGGAUUGAUGUCCUGUGGCGGAUUAUGGGAUGUCUGUUCAGUAUUGCAGCUGAUACACAUAUACUGUAUGAUUGGAGCUUUGAACAGCAACUUCAGGCUUUUAACAGGAAGUGUUUAAACCAUGUAUUGUGUUUGGAAUUGGCAUUGCUUUGCUGCUGUAUCGUGGAUAAUAAGAAAGGUGUCUUGUAUUUCAUGCUUCGUGUUUAUUAAGACAGGCAUAACUAUCCUCAUGGUAGGUAUACAGGUGAAUACUUCUGACCAAGGAAACACCAUCUUUUGUCUUACUUUAUUUUUUCGUUUUGUUGUAAAGACCCUAUUAUCUGAAACCUUUUUAAUAGGAAUUUAGAAGAGGAGGCUGGAGUAGUUCUAUAUUUUUCUUACUGUCAACAAAAGCCAUUAAUGCGUUAUUUUGUCUUAGUCCACAGUGUUUCCUACUGAUGAUGUAAAUCUUAAAAAACUGCUCACAAACAUAGUGGUUACAUUUUUUGUUUAAAGGUUCAGUAAUUUCCUAAAACAGCUGGGCAUUGUAGUUUUUACUGAACACAACUCAAAGAGACAGAAAUAGUUUAUUUGCGUGGGACUAUUUACAGCUGUGGAUUAAUCACAUUUGGUGAUCUAGUGCGGUGGUUUUCAGCCUUAGGUCACAGACCCCAUGUGAUUAGAUUUUGCUUUGGGGACCUCCAUCUGAAAAUAUUUUGGUUUGUUAGAUAUGAUUAACACCAAAUUUUUAUAGUUGUCUUCAACAGUUGAGGAGAGAAUGGUGGAGGAAGCAAAACCUCUGACCAAAAUAGUCACUCUUAUGACUCUCUUAUGAUGUCGUAUCCACGUGCUUCUCGGUUAGUCCCAAUUUCCCAGUUUGAAAGUGGUUUUUCCGAUUGUGGUGUGUUCAUGAGCUUUAAAUCGUAAUGUAGAAACAACAUGGGCGCUACAUACAGGAUGCGAUGCAUUUCAUUGCUUAGAGCAUUUAAACAGCACAUUGAUUAUAGUUUGAACCUUUACAUUACAAAGUGAAUUUGGCUCAGAUUUACUGCUGCACCAGUACAUCCCCUAAAACCACUAAUAUAUUGCCUUAACUGACUAAUGCUAAUAAAUAACUUUUCCAACUAAUCUAGGUCACUCUACAUAAACAGCAACUAAUUACACAUGAGCAAUAAAUUGACAUGCAAUAUAUAAAUUCAUAAAAAGUUCAUUACCAUCAACUGAACAUUUACUUUCAUCCCCUGUUUUCUUGCAUAUAACAACUCUAAAUUUUUUUGCCAACUUUCAGAGUUGUUGUUCCAACUUGAGAGGGUGUUUGCAUGAAUUUUCCCAGUCGUGCACUAAUUUUUCACAUUAUUCUGACAACACAUGAAUACAGGGUGACCCACAUCGAGCUGACUUUCAUAGUGAAUUAAAUAGUGAAUAUAAAUUAUUCCCCAUUUUUCUGUGGACCCUCUGAAACUCUCUCAAUGACCCCUUGGGGUUUGGAACUACUGCUCUAGUGAGUAUUUACAGCAGAAGUAUUGUGUGUGGGAUUGAGUCACAAUUAGCAAUAGUGUGUGUGAGGAAACAUGCCACUCAGUGCAGCAGUGUGACUCACUGAUGUGUUUUUGAUAGUUUCUGGACAACAAUGGAGCUCUGUGGCACAGAGAAAGAAGAUAUAUUAAGCUUUAGAUACACACAAAAUACUUAUUAAUAGGAUCAAUUUGUUGUUGGCUUUGGUUGUGCAAUGGUAUUUGUUGACCGAAAGAGAAGUAUAGAAUAUCACCAGACUUCAGGAUUUCUGUUUCCACAGUUGCUUCACACCAUCAUUAUGAUUGUUGUUGAACUGUUUCCUGUGUGCUGCUGGUGCGUGUUAUGAAUGUGGUGUAUUGUUUUGCCAUAUAGGCCAAACAUUUUGUUGUUGUUGUUUUUUUUUUACUUUAGUUUUGGUAGCCAGUCACUUUUUAAAGCCGGUUAACUGUUGCACUCACUCUCACAGCCUUUAGCUGUUAGAGUUUCAUAAUUGAGUUUUAUGAUUAAAUGAGAUUCAGAAAAAAAUCAACUUAAAAAUGUAUGAAACAUAACUCAUGACUUGUGAUUUAGUGUGUGAGUAACAUGACGUGAUCAGUAUUGAUCUACCACAGCUGUGCUGUAGUUUGAGUUAACCUUUUUUGUACUUGAUGCCUCUCUGUGUUGAAAAUUGUGUCUUAUUGCUUCGUCUUACAUCCUCCUGCUGUUGCUCACACCCCCUCAUGUCAGUGAAGCAGCUGUCGUGCCUUUCUGCUUUCUCGUGUAUGCAGCAGUGCGUCUGUUUCAUAACUGCCUAUCAGUUGAAAACCAUUCAGUCCUCAGCAGCAGUGUCGUGGCUAAACGAUGAAGGCCAACAGUGAAUGUAAGUGUACUUCAAUGGCUCUGCGUGAAUGUGUUAACUCACUUAAACAUUUCCUCAACAAGGUACUAAUGAUUUUAGAUUUGCGUGACUUUAUAAAGACAAGAUACUAAAGAUCAGUUCAUUAGGGACCAAUGACGCUUGCCCUUCAAGCAAGCAUACAAUCUUACGUCAGCAUGCUCUGCAAAGACACCACUGUUGUUCCCAAUGUGAAUGUACCUGCACCAAAUGUCUGUACGUCUGUUUCAAUUUAUACAGUAACCACUGGUGUAAGUGAUCAGCUUUUCUGUGCACUUGUCUGUCUGGUGCAGUUUUAGUGCUUUGAGAUGCACAUCAUCUGCCUCGUUGUGAAUUGGUGGCAUACGCUACUUUGUAGAACAGGUUAGUAGAGAUGAGAGCUGUGUUUUAUAUAAAUAUAAAUGUGAUUUAUAUCGGUGUUCACUGUGAUCAUGUCGUAGUUUCAGAUUUACUCAAGAGUGUUAUCUUUCUAAACUGGAAAAUCAUCACUUGGAAAAAAAGAUGUGACAUUUCCUCAGACAUGAUAAUGGUUUGGAAUAUCAGGCAUUUAAAAUGAGGUAACAUUUGGGGUUUUUGUCUCUCCUCUGAAAAGGAAUAUCUCACAUUCCAGCUCCUUGAAUACAUCUAGCAUUAGGUUGAAAAACGUUUAAAGUGGGACUAAAAUAAUAUGGGGUAUCCAAUUUCACAUUUUAUAAACACUCAGUCUUAAAUGCUGCCAUUUUAAAACUGGUAAAGCAAACUGUGGUCCUGUUGCUUUCUUGUUGUGCAGCAGUGAAAAAUGUGUCCAUAUGUCAUCUAUUUAUUUGUGCUACAUUUGGCAACAUAGUUUGAAUUCAGACAAGGGUUUCUCCAGGUUAUUGUUAGUUAUUUUCUCCCUAUUAAAAUGCUUCUGGAUUUGUAAAAAUGGAGUAAAGAGUAGACUAUUGUCCAGUAACUUUUCUGUCUUGAUUGUGCAGUGGGUGAUACCUCAGGCUAUUUUGGUAGCUUAUUAUUUUGUUAUCUUGUCAAAUGCACAUUCACUCCUACAGCAUAUAGUACGAUCAAAUACCAUCAUAUAUCCUACAGACAGACGUCAACACAGACAGAGAUUUCUCCCUUCUUUUUGAGAGCUUACUUUUCUUGUUUCUGAGCAUUUUAGCAUUUAAAUCAAAGCACACUUACUAAAAAUCAUCUGCUCCACUCACUGGGAUUGAUGGCUGUAAACAUCCAUUUGGCAAAUGCUGUGCAGGUGCCUGAAUUUAAGCUGAAAACACAGAAUGGGCUCUCAGUUCAAUUUACUGAAAAUAAGUCAGUCAAAACAAAUUCCUUUUUAGAAUCAAGUUUUCAACAGAAUUUUUUUUUGCGCAUUGGGGAAGUUUAUUCCAUUGUAGAUCCUGUGAUGUUUCAAGCACAUAGCUCUUGCAUUAAUUAAACUGGAGUACAACACCGCAGUAUGACAUGACUUAUGACAACCAACAUUGAACUCUAUGAGACUAUGAAAUUCAGUGUCAAAGCUGGCCAUUGUUGAAAAGUUAUCACAACCUGAGUGUUAGUAGUGUUUUUUAUUAUUUUAGAGAUGGCUGUGAAAAUGAUCUUACAUUGGUUGUUUGUAUUCACUAUCAUUUUACUGGCCAAGUAAUGAUAAAUGUCUUAAACAUGGCCAUUUCCACUGUUUAUCUGUUAAUAUAGAAGUAAAAAUCAUAUUAAAUGUUACUACUAUUUAUAAGUGCUUUACAGUCUGGUAACCCUAUCAGUUUCCUUUCUUCUGCUUCUGCCUAGAGUGACUUUAAAACCUGUAACCUCCCGCUAGCUGGUCCUUGUUGUGCAGAACUAGUUAGUCCUCUGACCUUCGCUAAUAUCCUGUAACGGGCAGUCAGGUGAAAGAAGUGUAAAUGUACCAUAUCUGAGGGAAAGUUUCUUUAGUUUAUUGUUUUCUGGUGAGGCUCCGGUGUGGAAGAGUAUUUUCUCCUCAGGUUUAAGCAUUAUUGUGUCAAAACUGAUUGCUUUGAUGUUUUUAUAUUUCUCACAUUUUUAUCUGAUGUCAUUGUAAAUGGGCAAACUGUGCAAUUUUUGGCACUAUUGUUGUUGGAAUAAAACCAAGAAAAAUAAA